AUGCUGUCUCUAAGCUGUGCAGACCCCUGGCCUGAGGGCUCGGUGGGGCUGGAGGAGGAAGUGGUGACUGCCGCUGCUCAUUCUGAGGAGUUGGACCUGGACGACAGCUCAGCCUCAGCGGGCUGCAGCAGCACUGGGGGCUCUGUCAACCUGGAUGACAGCCUGACAAGCCUGCAGUGGCUGCAGGAGUUCUCUAUCCUCAAUGCCAAUGGGACCCAACAGGCUCCCCUCUCCACCCACCACCAGCCUCACUUCUUUGGCCAUCAGCAGCUGGGCUCCGAGGCCCCCGCUUCCCCUCUGGCUGGUGACCCUGCAUCCAUAGGGAUGCCCCUCACCCCAGGCAAGCCCACAGCAGCAGCCUAUUGUAGGAUGCAGUCCCUGUCAGCCCUCCCUGGCCUGGUGGCCCAUGGUCACUGCCCCGAUGAGGUGGACUACAAGACAAACCCUCAUAUCAAACCACCUUACUCCUACGCCACACUCAUCUGUAUGGCCAUGCAGGCCAGCAAGAAGACCAAGAUCACCCUCUCCUGCAUCUACAAGUGGAUCACUGACAACUUCUGCUAUUUCCGCCAUGCUGACCCCACCUGGCAGGUAAAUGUUGCUAACACACACCACACACACACACACGUGAAAAUGGCUCUAAUAGGAUGCUUCAGACUAGGCCCUGUGAGAGGCUCUCAGUCACGUUCGUAUACCUGACUGUGUCUCGAGCAGCCAGAUAGAGGGCUCUGUGUGUUUUGGAGUGGGGCCAAGCUACAGCUUGUUUUUCUUUAACAGGAACGAGUAAGAGCACUUCUUUUCCCAAAGUCUAUAUAUUGAGAGCUCAGGGCCAUCUGCCACACUCUGAAUAAGCAUUAGUAGCUAUGGUUUAUGGGAAUUAAGAGCUCUCAUGGUACAAAGAUGGCAGCAAAUACUCCCGUAACGUACAAAGAUUGUAGUAAAUACUGCCUUGCUAGCAGGCAUCUUGCUUUAGAAGACUUCAUCCCCCCACAACACACAUUUUAGUGUGUGUGUUUUUAAACCCAUUACAUUCUUUUUCAGAAAUAGCUCCCAGGUUUUCUGCUUGAGCAAUGAGAGGCAAUGGGGGAGUAUGGGGAGGGGCAGCAUAGCAUCAAAAGUGCAGAUUCCCCAUCAAAGGGAAGGAAUUUUCUGGAAAAAGUUUAAUUUGCUGGAUAAAUGAUUAAUUUAGUCGUUAGCCGUACUCCCCAGUUCCAGAAGUUAUACUCAUUUCCUGAGCAUUCUGUUAUUGUAAGCCAGUGCAUGGGGCAGAUAAUAUUUAACAAAGGUCAGCAGGUCACUGAAUGUGUACUGCCAUAUCAACCCUGUCCCCCUCAUGCGCUAUUUCAGAACUCCAUCCGGCACAACCUGUCUCUGAACAAAUGUUUCAUCAAGGUUCCGCGGCAGAAGGACGAGCCAGGGAAGGGGGGCUUCUGGAAGAUCGAUCCCCAGUACGCAGAGCGCCUCCUCAACGGGGCCUAUAAGAAGAGGCGGAUGCCCCCUGUCCAGAUCAACCCUGCCCUGCAGAACAGGCUUAGGGCCAACCCCCAGCCCCUGCCCAGGGGCCUCUGUAACCCCACAGGCAGCCAGAGUGGGCUAUGUGUCAAUCCAGAGGCACAACAGCUCCUCAGAGAGUUUGAAGAGGCCACUGGGGCUGACCAGAACUGGGACCCCUGUCUGGCCGAAGGCACCAUGCUGGGGGCCUGGCCCAUGGGAAAGGGAGGCCCUGGACACAAGAGGAAACACCUGCUGGGCUCCAGGACUGCCAUGGUCAAAGUCCCCCGGCGCUCCAGCUCUCCUUUGCUGUCUGUGGAGGAGCAUAGGGAACUGGGCUCCCUGAAGGGGAACUUUGACUGGGACGCCCUCCUGGAUUCUGCACUGAGCGGGGAGCUGAGUCUGGACGGAGGGGGUCCACUGAGCCCCAUCCCCCAGGAGGAGGACCUGAUGGUGCAGGGGACCCACAUCUGCCCCCUGGAGGCCCCCGCGGGGACAGCAGACAGCAGCCACGUGCUGGCUGAGACCCAGAGGAGCAGCGGAGCAGACUUUGAGGAGACUUUCCUGGCCACAGCGUUCCUGCAGAGCCCCUGGCCAGAGGAAGAGGAGCAGGGAUCUACCAACUUCCUGUGCAGCUCCACAGUCAACCUGGAGCAGCUCUUUGACCUGGGAGACUCCCUCGGAGGGGACCUCAGCAGCAAGAUAGAGUGUCUUCUCUAA